UUUGAUAACAGCUUCAGCAAUGCCUUUGAGUAGAAGAAGCCACACACAUGCACGCCAUCGCCAUAGCCAUAACAUUAAUCUCUUUACAGUCAUGCUCGGCUUCACAUCAAACUCUAAUCACUCUUUCUUCUUUCUCUUCUUCUGCCUCUUUCUCUUUCUCUUUUCGGCUUCUACAGCAACACCUUCAGAUUGCCUUGAAGAUGUUAACCAGCGGUAUGAGAAGGUGUUGGUGGUGCCGCCAUGGACGGCCAGGAGAUCAACGGCCGAAGGUGCAAGUCCGAGGAAUGGGACUCUGGUGCUUGCUAAGGAGAGAACUCGCCGGCAAGAUUGGUUUAACGGUUUUACCCUUUACAAAGGUGGCUGGAAUAUCAGCAACGCGUAUUAUAUAAAGUCAGUUAUGUCUACUGCGUUUCCUUUUUUCGUUGUGGCUGCAGCCUGGUUCGUGAUUUUUGGAGUUGUUUUACUUAUCGGCUGUGCUUGUUGCUGCUGUUGCAACGGAGGAGAACCAAGCGACUAUUCCAAAAUUGUCCAUUAUUUUUCGUUGUUCUUGCUUAUACUCAGCACCAUUAUCACAAUAGGUGGAUGUGCUCAGUUGUACUCUGGUCAGGGGAAUAUUGAUGGAAGCACUUCCGAGACACUUGAUUACGUUUUAAAUCAGGCACAAUUCGUGGCUGAAAACCUCAACACCAUAUCAAAUUAUUUCGAUUCGGCUAAGCGCGUUGUGAGGGAGCCUCCUCUGCCACUAGACAUAGAUCUUGGACCGGACCUUGAUGACAUCAAAUUAAAAAUAGACCGUGCUGCUGAUACUCUCUCCAACAAAGUUAGCGCUAACUCAAAGACCAUACGCAAAGCCAUAGAUGUAGUAAGACUGGCUCUCGUUAUCGUUGCUGUUGUUUUGUUCUUUGUUGCAUUUCUCCGGCUCUUCUUUUGUUUACUUGCGUGGAAGUGUCCAGUGUACUCCUUGGUAGUUAUUGGAUGGAUUCUUGUCACUUCUACCUUGGUACUUUGUGCUGCAUUUAUUUUUGUUCAUAAUGUGACUGGAGAUACAUGUGUUGCGAUGGAUGAAUGGGUUGUGAACCCCACCGCCCACACUGCACUGGAUGACAUUUUUCCAUGCGUGGAGAAAAAAGCUGUUCUGGAAACAUAUUUAAAAAGCAAGAUCCUCACAUAUAAAAUCGUUGAAGCAUUUGACAAAGUCAUUUCCAACUUCACCAACUCAAAUACUCAAUCAGGCCCCCUCGUCCCUCUUCUCUGCAAUCCAUUUAAUUCAGACCUAACAAGUCGCAACUGCUCUUCAGGGGAAGUCACAUUCCAAAACGCCAUCCAGGUUUGGAAAAACUUUACGUGCCAGGUUUCGUCGAGUGAAAAAUGUACGAGUGCAGGUCGUUUGACACAGAGCAUUUACACGAAACUGGGAGAUGCAGUGAAUGUGACGUACGGUUUAUUUGAGUAUGGGCCAUUUAUUGCUGACUUAGUUGACUGCAAUUUUGUUCGGAGAACGUUCAAGGACAUUAGCACCCAUUAUUGUCCACCUCUGCGAAGAUAUUGUGAACAGGUUUAUUUGGGAUCAGUUCUGGUUUCUGCAGCAGUAAUGCUCUCUUUGAUAUCUUCGCUCUUCUUUGUCAGAGAGCAGUGGAUGUUUCUUCACAACAAUGGUGUUCUUUAGUCAGACACAGCAGUUGCUAUUUCAGAAAAAAAAAAUAUUCGAGUGGAACAGAAAUUUUGCAGACUCGUGUACAAAAAAAAUUAUAUAUGAUAGAUUAAAACAAAUAAAUUAAUUUUAAUUAA